UCUCUCCAGAAUCUCUCCCUCGCAUUACACACUUACAUCCCUUCAAAACGUGCUCCUCCUCUUCUCUCUCUCUCCUCAACUCAACAAUGGAGUUUUCAGCUUAAUCUCCAAAUAUCUCAUUAAGAUCAUUCUAGAAGUAGGAGAGAGAAAUCGAUCGGAAACCUAAUUUCUCCGGUGGUUCAACGGCGGCUGAUUCGCCGAAGAAGAGAGAGAAUACGGCGAUGAAUCAAGAUGAAGUUACGGUUGAUAUUGCUGGAGGAAGUAGUUUCGAACAUUCUGGAAGUAAUAGUAGCAACAAUGGCGAUUCUUCUGCUGGCAGGAGUUUUUCUAGAGUGAACACUUUACCAGCAGAAAAGACACAUUGUGGUAAACUAGAGCCUGAUGUGCUCCCUCCUAAGUUGGAAAGAUCAAAAACUGAGAGGCAACAUCCUAGAAAUAUACUCGCUUCAGAAGCGGCACAAAUUUUUGAUAACAACAUUCCCGUCCAGCAAAAGCUUCAAUUGUUGAACAGGAUUGCUACGGUCAAAGAUGAUGGGACUGUGGAGUUUGAAGUUACAGGAGAUGUUGAAUCACACACUUUCGGUGGUGGGCCAACUGAUCUGUAUACUGAAUGUGCUGAUGAAGAAGAAUCUCUUGAUGCGACGGACCUUCAGUACAUUCCACCACUUCAAAUAGUUAUGCUAAUAGUUGGUACCCGAGGAGAUGUGCAACCUUUCAUUGCGAUUGGUAAGAAGUUGCAGGAUUAUGGUCAUCGGGUUAGACUGGCCACUCAUGCUAAUUUUAAGGAUUUUGUUUUGACAUCUGGACUGGAGUUCUUUCCGUUAGGUGGUGACCCAAAGGUUCUUGCUGGGUACAUGGUUAAAAAUAAAGGAUUUUUGCCUUCUGGGCCUUCAGAGAUACCUAUUCAGCGCAAUCAGAUGAAAGAAAUUAUAUUCUCAUUACUCCCAGCUUGUAAAGAUCCUGACAUGGAUUCGAAUGUUCCUUUCAAAGCGGAUGCUAUCAUAGCUAAUCCCCCAGCUUAUGGGCAUACGCAUGUGGCUGAGGCACUAAAAAUACCAAUCCACAUAUUUUUCACUAUGCCCUGGACGCCGACUAGUGAAUUUCCACAUCCUUUGUCACGUGUCAAGCAACCUGCCGGAUAUAGACUUUCUUAUCAAAUUGUUGACUCUAUGAUCUGGCUGGGAAUAAGAGACAUGAUAAAUGAUGUCAGAAAGAAGAAAUUGAAGUUGCGCCCUGUAACAUAUUUGAGCGGUUCACAAGGUUCAGAAUCUGAUAUUCCACAUGGAUAUAUUUGGAGCCCUCAUCUUGUUCCUAAACCUAAAGAUUGGGGACCCAAGGUUGAUGUAGUUGGAUUUUGUUUUCUUGAUCUCGCAUCAAACUAUGAACCUCCUCAGGCCCUUGUAGAUUGGCUUAAUGCUGGUCCAAAGCCUAUUUAUGUUGGAUUUGGCAGCCUUCCUGUACAAGAGCCACAUAAAAUGACUGAAAUAAUUGUUGAAGCACUAGAAAUUACUGGACAAAGGGGCAUCAUCAACAAAGGCUGGGGUGGUCUGGGUGACUUGGCUGAAGCUAAGGAAUCUAUAUACCUACUAGACAACUGUCCACAUGAUUGGUUGUUUCCACAUUGUGCAGCUGUGGUGCAUCAUGGUGGUGCCGGGACUACAGCUGCAGGCCUCAAAGCUGCGUGCCCUACAUCUAUCAUACCAUUUUUUGGGGACCAACCUUUUUGGGGUGAACGUGUGCAUGCUAGAGGUGUAGGUCCUCCACCCAUUCCAAUUGAUGAGUUCUCACUCGACAAGUUGGUUGAUGCCAUAAAGUAUAUGCUGGAUCCACAGGUGAAAGAGAGGGCAGUUGAGCUUGCAAAGGCAAUGGAAAACGAAGAUGGUGUAACAGGAGCAGUGAAGGCCUUUUUCAAGCAGCUUCCUCGCAAAAAGGCUGAUCCUGAUUCAGCUCCUGAGGCAUCCAGUGCAUUCUCAAUAAGCCGAUGCUUUGGUUGUGCUUGAGUCUCGGGUGACUUUUUUGUUUGUAUACUUAGUGUCCUUGUAUCAAUAUUUGCCAAUACCAUUUCUCAGAGGGGAGAGAGGAGAGCAAGUUCUGUGAAGUUGAUAUUGAUAGCGCCUGUUUGUUGUUUAUAUAAGCUUAUUAAAUUUUUACGCUUUCUGUAUACUGUAAAUUUCUAUUUAGUCAUUGUUGUUUUAAUUUUAUUUAUUUGUUUAAGAGAGAUUAGAGAAUGUAGAUUUUUUGGUUUUCAUAGACAGUUUCAGCUUCCCCCCUUUUGGAUUGGGGGCAUAUAAACGUACGCUUCAUUAAUCUCAGGUCGUUUUGCCGCGUGA